AUGGAUGAACAAUCUACUAAAGAAACAAUGAUUACUAGAGAAGAAAUUGGCAAUCAUCAAGAUGAAUGGAACAUUACAAUUCAAGAUGAAUGGAACAUUACAAUUCAAGAGUCAAACUCAGAUUCUCAUGAAAUCAGUGAAAAUGCGAGACAAUGGCUAAAAUCCUUAGAGAAGAGCAGCGAGUACCCCACCAUUGGCUCAUCACAGAAGCCAAAGAUACACAUGGUCCCUAAAAUGCAUCGCGAGAUUGAAUCAAAUGUAUGGUGCUAUGAGCCCCUUGUGGUUGCUCUCGGUCCAUUUCACCAUGGAAAAUCCAAGCUUCAACCUAUGGAGAAGUACAAGGAGAUGCUGGCAAUUCAGUUUGCUGAUCAAGAAAGCACCAAACUACCAUGGCUUUUAACAAAAUCAGUGUCCAUUGAUGAGCUUUACAAAAUGGUGAAGAACAUUGUCCCUAAUGUCAGGGACUGCUAUGCUGAGGACAUAACUAAAUAUUACAGCGACGAGGAGUUUGCAAAGAUGAUGUUCUUGGAUGGCUGUUUCAUUCUCCAAUAUAUUCACUGCCUUGUCACUGGCAACUAUAAGCAGCUGCAGAUGAAGAGCCAUGAUAUAGCUUUCAUUCGUCGUGAUCUUUUCUUACUUGAAAAUCAGUUACCUUUUGAAGUCCUGCAUGUGUUAAUGAGCUGUAGGUUCAAGAAAGAUGAAGGAAUGAGGAUGAUUAAAACAUUUAUCUCGCGUGCACAUGCAAAGCCCCCUCAAAAUCAUGGAUUAAUUCAAAGUAUCAAUAAUUUCUUUCUGGGUUUCUUUGGCAAGAUUUAUGAAGGAGAAGGGCCUUACCUGAUGAAAGAAGAAAAUCCUGCUCAUCUGCUCGAGAUAUCAAGAACGCAACUCAUAAACCCAAAUGUUUUCUCAGAAGGCGGAUACUAUCUAAGGGGUGAGUGGUGCUCAUAUCGCUCAGCCAUGGAGCUCAAGAAAGCAGGAAUAUAUUUCAGGCGUGGAAAGAGUCGUCGUCUUUCAGAUAUUAAGUUCAAUUCAUUCCGUUUCUCAGCUCUUUUAACACUUCCACCUAUAACCAUAGAUGAUUCAACCAAGUCGGAGCUAUUAAACUUAGUUGCAUAUGAGGCAUGCCCUGAUACACCAGAUGACUUUGGUAUUACAUCUUAUCUUUGCUUUAUGGAUUCACUAAUUGAUCGUGCUGAAGAUGUUAAGGAGCUUACGUCAAAAGGUAUAUUACUUAACUUUCUUGGAAGUGAUCAAGAAGUAGCAAAUCUCUUCAAUGAGAUAGCAACAGAUUUGGUGCCAAAUCCUCAUGCCUUUAUUGAUGUGAAACACAAAAUUGAGAAUCAUUACAAUAACAAAGGAAAAAUAUGGAUUGCUGAGUGA